UUGAUUAUAUUCAUUUAAAAAGAAAAUUAAAGCUAAGCCAAGGCAAUGGCGCCGGAAGAAGAAGAUUCAGUGUCAAUGACAGAAGAUGUUCCAAAAUCCACCGAAACCACAGAAACAAAUCGAGCCUCAGUUGCAGCUACCAUACAAUCUUUGUUCGAGGGAGGUAUAGAAUCAACUGGUAACGAGGAGGACGGUGAAACUUCUGGUGUGCCUGAUGAUGGAGAUCAAGAAAAGAAGCUGGAGUUCUCCAACGACUUAAUACGGAGGGGAACAAAAGCUUUGGGAGAAAAAGAUUUCGGCGAAGCUGCUGAGUGUUUUAGCCGUGCUUUAGAGAUAAGGGUUGGACUGUAUGGUGAGCUUGCACCAGAGUGUCUGAAUGCUUACUAUCAGUAUGGGCGUGCAUUGCUGUACAGAGCCCAAGAGGAGGCAGAUCCAUUGGUUUCAGUGCCUAAAAAGGAGGAUGAAUUUGACGUAGGUUCUGAAAAGGAUGGAUCUGUUCAUAAUCUUGUGAAUGGAGAAUCUUCCACAGCUUCUGCUUCAACUAAUACUCAGCUGGAAGUAAGAGAAAAUGAUGUUUCUGGUGGGAAAGGCAAGGAAGAGGACGAAGAGGGUAGUGAUCAAGAUGACAUGGAUGAAGCAGAUGAAGAUGAGUCUGACCUGGAUUUGGCAUGGAAAACACUAGAUGUUGCAAGAGCAAUUGCUGAAAAGCACCUCAGUGACACUUUGGAGAAAGUUGACAUAUUAUCAACACUGGCCGAGGUGUCACUGGAAAGAGAGGACUUUGAAACCUCUCUUAGUGACUAUCAAAAUGCAUUAUCUAUUUUGGUUCUGCUGGUUGAGCCUGACAGUCGACACAUUGCUGAACUAAAUUUUCGCAUAUGCUUAUGUUUGGAGUUUGGCUCCAAGCCUCAGGAAGCAAUUCCAUAUUGUGAGAAGGCUAUAUCAAUUUGCAAGUCAAGAGUACAGCGGCUCAUGAAUGAAUAUAGGAGUCUCUCACAGACAACCUCUUCGGAAGGUUCUUCUGAGCAGUCCUCGAAUAAGCCCCAAAAUGAUCAAAUUCUGGCAGAUAUGAAAGCAGAGAUUGAUACUCUUUUGGGACUCUUAGGAGACCUAGAAAAGAAGCAUGAAGAUUUGCAGCAGCUGGUCUUGAACCCCAAGUCCUUUCUCACAGAAUUCCUUGCAAUGGCAUCUGCCAAGGGAAAAGGCAAUGAGAAAGGCACAUCCGCAUCUGUCAUUAACUCUUCGCAGAUGGGUACUGCUAGCAGUGGUGGCGAAUAUGAUUCUCCAACUGCUUCCACUGCUCACACAAAUGGAGCUGCUGGUGCUGGAGUGACGCAUCUAGGGACUGUAGGAAGAGGAGUAAAGCGAGUAUCAAUGGCCAGCGUUUCGGGAGAAUCAAGUUCCACAAAGAAACCUACAUUUGAUCGUUCAUCUGACAUGGACAAGGGCGACAAAAAUUGAUGGUAUUGUAGUUCAUUGGUCCACAGUACUGACUUCAAACUAAGUAACUUUUGAUGAUUGAUCCUCGGGAGUUUAGAAACACAACAAUGCUGUCAUGUUUCUUCAGCAGUAGUAUAGAAACUAUGGAAACAGUGACGACAAUGAUCAUAGUGCAUAGCUGCUCUCUUGUCACUGACUUAUGGUUGCUUAUGCAGAUUUCUUUUGUCAGUCACAUACCCAUUUUGAUGACACAUGAGUGUCAUCAUGUGAUUAGAUAUUACUUUAUCUUUAAUUUAAAAUUUUCUAAUCAUAUGAUGAUAUAUAUGAAGUGUGUACUUAUUUGUGUAUUUCCUAUAGUUUUUAUUGCAAAUAAUAAUAACCCCAAGGAAUGGUUUCUUUGUAGAA